GGAGCAUCGCUCAGUGCUAGAAAGGACUGAGGGGACGCAGAGGCAAGUGGGGACAGGGAGCACAACAGAAAGGCACUUUUUCCGGACCUUAGGUACAUCACUUCCAAGGCGCCCCCAUGACCCUGAACCGCGGCGACAAGCUGAGGUACCUGGACAAGCGCCGGGGCAGCACGCCCUUCGCGGCGCAGCACCUGCAGCAGCACCUUCACCGGCGCAGCAUGCCCGUGGACGAGCGGGAGCUGCAGGCGUCGCUGCCGCCGUCCCCUCGAGGCGAGCUGUCGCAGCUGAUGCGCUGCACCUCCUACAGCCCCGCCGACGACGAGGCGCACCGCCAGGGCUGGGCGUCCGACUCGUCCGACUCCGUCAUCUCCUCCGGCAGCGACUCGGACAGCAACCUCUACAAAGUCAUCCUGCUGGGCGAGCACGGCGUGGGCAAGACCAGUCUGGCCAGGAUCUUCGGAGGGGUGGAGGACUGCCCGGAUGCCGAGGAGGCUGGCAACACAUAUGACAGAUCUAUCAUAGUUGAUGGUGAGGAAGCUUCUCUGGUGGUGUUCGACAUUUGGGAGCAGGAUGAUAGUCAAUGGCUCCAGAACCACUGUAUGAAAAUGGGGGAUGCUUACAUUAUCGUCUACUCAGUGACGGACAAAGUUAGCUUUGAGAAGGCCUCUGAGCUGAGAAUUCAGCUACGAAGAGCGAGACAAACGGAGGACAUUCCGAUCAUUCUCGUAGGAAACAAAAGUGACCUGGUCCGAUCACGGGAAGUUUCCGUAGACGAGGGACGUGCCUGUGCUGUUGUGUUUGACUGCAAAUUCAUCGAGACUUCAGCUGCUUUGCAUCACAACGUCAAGGACCUGUUUGAGGGGAUCAUCCGGCAAAUCCGGCUACGCAAAGACAGCAAAGAAGACAAUGCCAGGCGGAUGGCUAACACCAAAAGGCGGGAGAGCAUCAGCAAGAAGGCCAAGCGAUUCCUUGGGAGAAUUGUAGCCAAGAAUAACAAGAAGAUGGCAUUCAAGGCCAAAUCCAAAUCCUGCCACGACUUGUCAGUCCUUUAAAAAAUGGCUUUCAGCAGGACCAGAUGCUGUGUGUGUUUAGCGUGGGUUGUGAACAUGCCUUUGACUGUUGAAAGUGUGUGGGGGGGAAAGGACUUUGAAAACACAAAGCUGCACAGUUGGGAGGAAAAAUAUGCUCCUUGAUGCCUUACAGUUCCGAAGCAAGACUUGGAAGUAAGAUUACUGUGUCUUCAUGGGUAAAAUGGUUUAUAAGCUUCAGUGUGUGCAAGCCACUGAACUAAUUUUCAUUCAGCGGCUUUGUAUGCCUGCAUUCUCACUGUGUAUAUUUGCCAGCUGUCCUGUGGACACCAGGGAUGCAAAGAUAAGAAUGGACAAUGGGUACACACACACACAAAAUGCAAAAUGUAUCACUUGUCUCCUUUGCAGAGCAAAACUUGAAUACAUGUACGCAGGCUCGUACACUCUUCUCUUUGGUAAACAUAUUAAAAAGCAAUGAUCUUUUAAAAACUAAAUGUGGGCUGGUAUGAGGCCAUUCAAAGCCCAUUUGGAUGAGUGAAAGGAAAAAAAUGCAGAAUAAACAUAGUUUUUUGAAGUUUUAAUUUGCACUUUCAUUAACUGUUUAAUUUGUUAAAUUGUUUACAUGCAGAUUUUAUAAUAAAGUAUUUCUGGUUAUAAUCUGUUAUCACAUUUCUUUUUUCUUAUA